AUGCCUCCACCACCACCCUCAGUGCCUACAGCAGUCCCUAUCACAGGUUCCACCUCGGCUUUGAAGCCGGUGUCAAUGCCUAUUGCCAUACUCUCUAUGCUGCGAAUGUCCUCAUUAGUGGAAGACACUCUGAAGAAACUCUCGAAUAGCCAGAGCACUAUCAUGGCUACAUUGGUACAGCAUGGUGUUAACGGGAGGUUGGAGGUGUGGAGACAAGACCUUGAGUCUAAAGGUUUCAAGAUGAGCAGGACGAAGAUGAAAUACAUGGAGUGUAAGUUCAGCACUGAGCCAAGGAAAUUGGGCGUGGAAGUGAGGCUUGAAUCACAGGUCAUACCAAGUAGUGGCAGUUUCAAGUACCUUGGGUUGGUUAUUCAGAGGGGAGGGGAGAUCGAAGAGGAUGUCACACACUGUACUGGGGUAGGGUGGAUGAAGUGGAGGUUAGCAUCUGGAGUCUUAUGUGAUAAGAGAGUACCACUGAUACUAAAAGUUUCUAUUGGUGAUACUGAUAUUGUCGCUUUUCGUCUUCUUGAGCCGAUGGUCUUUCAGAAAUAUCCUCUCUACUCCCUCGGGGUAGGGAUCAAGGCUCGUCAGUUUGAUGAUCUGAACCUGUUGGUUCUUAGGGAGAUGGUACUACAAGGUAGUUCCAAGGAGGUCACUAUCGAGAAACAUCAACAAUUAUUAAUAAUUUUGACGGCUAAACAAAAGUCAGUUUAUGAGAAAAUUAUAGUAGCGGCGGAUGAGGCGAAAGGUGGAUUGUUCUUUUUAUAUGGUUAUGGAGGAUCUGGCAAGACAUUUAUUUGGAAGAUUCUAUCUUCAAGUAUACGAUCUCGAGGAGAUAUUGUGUUAAUUGUUGCAUCAAGUGGGAUUGCAUCUCUUUUGUUACCGGGAGGUCGAAUAGUGCAUUCGACAUUGGCAAUUCCUCUUAAUUCAACUGAAGAUUCAACAUGCAAUAUAAAGCAAGGUAGUCCUCUAGGAAAAUUGAUCGUCAAGGCAACGUUGAUUAUUUGGGAUGAGGCACCGAUGAUUCAUAGAUACUGUUUCGAAGAUCUUGAUCAAAUGCUUAGAGAUAUUCUUAGAUUUAAAGACGCAUCCAGUCUAGAUCGACCAUUUGAAGGUAAAACCAUUAUUCUUGGUGGUGACUUCAGACAAAAUUUUCCAGUCAUUACAAAAGGUACUCAGCAAGAUAUUGUUAAUGCUACUCUAAACUCUUUAUAUUUAUGGCUCCACUAUGAAAUCUUAAAACUAACAAGGAAUGUGAGAUUUCACGGAAAUCAGUUAGGGACACAUUUAGAUGAGUUAAAAAAAAUUUCAGAUUGGAUUUUAGCAAUUGGUAACAGAAGAAUUGGAGGUUCUGUUGAUGGCAUUGAAAAGGUCUGA